AGGUCACUCAUUGAGACUAACUACCGAACCCAUUCUUGUGGGCUACAACUCUGCUUCUCGAAAACGCCGUGUUAUUCGAUAACCCCGUGAUAGCUUCUGUCAGAUUGAGGGAGCUCGGUACCAUUGUGAUUUGUCUGCAGCUCAAUCUGUUUUAGCAUACAUAAGCGAGCGCAUUCAAGCCUAGCGUGGGCACGCAGGUUUGACAUGGCUACCGCAAUGUCAGCGAUUGCUAAGAACAAAAAGGUCGAAGAGCCGCCAUGAUAGGCGACUACGUCUCGUGUGAAUUCCGGAUGCCAUGGCGAGUAUGCUAUCCGCCGAUACAAUUUCAGAAGUUCUUGACGAACCAAUAGCCAUUGUUGGCAUAGGCUGUCGGCUGCCUGGAGAGUCGAAUACACCGUCGAAGCUCUGGGAGAAUCUUCUCAGAGAUGGCAAAUCUGCGUGGUCGGAGAUUCCCAAAAACAGAUUCAACCUUGAUGCAUGGUAUCACCCAGACGGAAACAGACCAGGAAGCGUAAACACUCGAGGAGGAUAUUUCCUGAGCCACGAUGACAGCUUGCGCCAAUUUGAUCCAUCGUUCUUCGGGAUUAGCCCUCUUGAGGCCGCCUCAUUAGACCCCCAGCAAAGGAAAUUACUCGAAGUCGUAUAUGAGAGCUUCGAAAAUGCUGGAGCUACACUUGAUGAACUUUCUGGUUCUAAAACGUCCUGCUUUGUCGGCUGCUUUACCAACGACAUGCGUCGCAUGACCUCUAGAGAUCUUGAAUACGGGGAGCCUUACGAGAUGACCGGCUCGGACAUGACGAUACUCAGCAAUAGGAUUAAUUAUGUGUUCAAUCUGAAAGGGUCAAGCAUGACGGUUGACACAGCUUGCUCGUCAUCUCUUUACGCUCUCCAUCUCGCUUGUCAGAGUCUCAUUUCCGGAGACUCCGAAGCAGCCAUUGUCGGAGGUACCAACAUCAUCAACGACAUCGAGCAGCAUAUCGCUAGCAUACGGCUUGGAGUCCUGUCUCCAACGUCGACAUGCCACACCUUUGACGAGCGAGCGGAUGGGUUCGGCAGAGGAGAGGGCAUAUGUGCAAUCUACCUCAAGACGCUCUCCGCCGCCGUCGCGAACAAUGAUCCCAUUCGAGCUGUCAUCCGAUCUACCGCUGUCAACACCAAUGGCAGAAGUCGAGGCAUCAACCACCCCAGCGCCGAGGGACAAGAGGCAUGUAUCAGGGCAGCGUACACGAAAGCCAACCUGAAUUUCGCUGAUACUGGAUAUUUUGAGUGUCACGGUACUGGCACUCCCGUUGGCGAUCCCAUUGAGGUCAAGGCUGUUGCGAAUAUCUUUGCGCCUAGCAGGACACCACAAAACCCUUUACUUCUGGGCUCGAUCAAGACGAACAUAGGCCAUACUGAAGGUGCUAGUGGACUCGCUAGCGUGAUUAAAGCAGUUCUGAGCAUCGAGAAUGGCCAGAUACCGGCCACCGUUGGCGUAGAAAAUCUCAACCCACAAAUAGACUUCAAGGAGGGAUGCCUCAAGGUCGUUCGUGACACUGUCCCAUGGCCGAAAGGAGCGUCAAAGCGGGUGAGCAUCAAUUCAUUCGGCUAUGGUGGCGCCAAUGCACAUUGCAUUGUUGAGUCUCCCGAGAUUAUACUGGGCUCCCGCCAGCUCAUCCAUUCGGAGUCGCAAGGGCCUGAUGUGGGUGCUUCAUUGGUUCAAGUGGUCGACGAUGGCAACUCCUGCGUGGAACAAACACCCAAAAAAUACCUGUUCGUCUUCUCGGCGCACGAUCAGUCCACCCUCGACAGGAAUAUCGCUGCAUUGGCCGAUGUAGCCGAAAGUCACCACAUCGCGAGCGUCGCGUACACCCUUGCGCAAAAAAAGACGAGACACCGCCACAGAUCCUUCGCUACAGUCACGAAAGAGAGCAUUCGGUCUCAACUCUUGCCAGGACGAAUACAGCAUGUCCCUUCAAAAGUUUCCGGCAAAGUAGUGAUCGCAUUUGUCUUCACCGGUCAGGGUGCACAAUGGCCGGGUAUGGGCUAUGGACUUAUCCAACAGUAUCAUGUCGUACGCGAGACUAUGCAGACUCUUGCACUUCCCAUUCCUCCAGCAUGGCGCCUGGUUGAAGAGCUUUCUAGGUCGACAGACCAAAGUCGCAUGCACGAAACAGCACUGGCCCAACCUCUAAGUACGGCGCUCCAAAUUGCUCUAACGGUUCUGCUCCGGUCCUGGGGUGUACAGGCGCAAGCUGUCGUAGGUCAUAGUUCUGGCGAAGUAGCAGCAGCUUUUUCGGCAGGAUUAUUGACCAUCUCGGAAGCUAUCGCAGUCGCCUACUUCCGUGGUAUUGCUGUCACAAAGUAUGGCAAGCCUGGGGCCAUGAUGGCUGUCGGCCUGGGAGCCGAAGAGAUGCAGGCUCUCAUGAGAAAUCAACCCGACAUUAUGAUCGCUUGUCAAAAUUCUCCCCAGAGUGUGACACUUAGUGGCGGAGCCAUCGCAAUUUCACAAGUCCACAGUAUUCUCAGCCAGAAGGGAAUCUUUGCGCGUAUUCUCAAUACCUCACAGAAUGCUUAUCACUCCCAUUUGGUCAAAGACGCUGGCCAGUAUUACGAAAGUUCAUUCAAAUCCUCACUCCCAACCUCUCCGCCUACGUCAGCAUGCUCUGACAUCCCAAUGUACUCUUGCAUAAAGCCAAAAGUACUCACGAACUCGAACGACGUUCGCAUUGAGUAUUGGAGAGAGAACUUGGAGAGCCCAGUGAAUUUCACCCAAGCACUUUCGUCUCUGCUGGAAGCUCAUCCUACUGUCAAUUGCUUGAUAGAAAUUGGUAUGCACUCUGCACUUUCUGGUCCAAUCAAACAAAUACGGUCCUCUUUGGGUAUUGAGCCCGAAAGGCUUACUUACUUUCCCAGCAUAAUACGUGGCGAAGACAGCGUGGAGAAUGUUCUGAAGCUAGCCGGUUCCCUCUUUAGUAACGGCUACCCGAUCAAUACAGACGCCGUCAAUGCCGAGGGUGGAGAGACGGGUCAAUUCCUGCCGGACUUGCCCAAUUAUCAAUGGAACUACGAAGGCGACAUACUAUGGGCGGAGAACAGACUGAGUCGACAGCUGCGCUUCCGAAAACACCCUCGUCACGAUAUCCUUGGUAGCAUUCAACUAGGUUGCUCCUCUUUCAGCCCGUCGUGGCGUAAUAGACUGAAGCUCAAGGACGUCCCUUGGAUCUCUGAUCAUCGUAUCGGAAGUGAUGUGCUUUUCCCAGCAGCUGGCUAUUCUGCAAUGGCAAUUGAAGCAGUGACUCAGUUUGGCGAAACCUGUGGGAUGGAAAUUGGUGGCUACACAUUCCGACAUCUUUCGAUCAGAGCACCUCUUAUCAUCGCACCCGAUGGAGAAGUCGAGUCCAUGUUCGACCUUCGGAAUAUUCAUGUGUCGAGCUCAGAGAUUGGUCAAAAGAUGUUUGAGUUUAGCGUAACUUCGGUCAAUGCAGAAGACAAAUGGACUGAGCACGCUGUCGGAACAGUGCUUAUUCACGAGCUAAGAACGAACCGAGGGGUGGGCAAUGGAGAUGUCAAAGGCAUAGACUGGACGGAAAACUCGGGAAAGAGCGACGAGAAGUGGUACACCGCGCUCGCCAAGAUCGGAUUACAUUACGGACCUACCUUUCGUCCGCUGGGCAACAUCAGAACCGAUGCAGAACCGGGAACAGCAACUGCGCUUGUGAAUAUGAAAUCGACAGAAGGCGUCAUGGUCCAUGAAUCGCGCUACAUCAUACACCCGACUACGUUAGACGCUUGUAUCCAGCUUGCAGUCAUCGCGGCCUGUAAUGGCGACGUUAAAGGGAUAUGUAAAGCGUACUUACCUACAAAGAUCGACAAUCUGACAAUUUGGCAAGUACCUAACUCACCUCCACUUCCAGGCCAUGGUGUGCUGCUGAGCCAUGGCACUUGUCGCGGUACGCGUUCGGUACGUGGAGCUUCUGGACUUUUCACCACUGAGGGUCGCCCCCUGGCUCAGAUGUCGGUAUCCUUGCUCUCGCUUGAAGGGGACUUUGCCGACCAGCAGAUCGACCGGCCUCGUGAACCGUUCGCUCGACUCGUAUGGCAACCCAUUAUUGAGACCAAGGACAAAGCCGAUUCACGAACCACGCCUCCAAAGCUUGGAAAGCUCUGCCUCGUCUACAAUAAAACUCUACAACCUCUUGCUAAAGAGAUUGAGACUCUCGCAAGAAUUCAAGGCAUCGAGACUCAGAACAUCCCUCUCUCUGCUGUAGACAAGCACAUCUCUAAAGGUCAACGAGUUUUGAUGCUCGCCGAACUCGAGGGUCCACUGCUCAUCAACAUGACAGAGGGAUGUUUGAAUGCUGUGAAAACGCUGUUUAGGCUUGCUUCCUCCAUUGUGUGGGUCACUCGAGGCGGCCUUCUCCAAGGAGGACAUCCAGAGUAUUCGCUCAUCUCUGGUAUGAAAAGAUCAAUUAUUAAAGCACAGCCGUCUCUCCAAAUAUCGAGCAUUGAUAUCGAUCCUGACAAUGCUGACGAUUCGCAUUCGGCGUCUUUUAUCCUUCAACAUGAGUCAAGUUUCCACAACGAUGACAGUCGCACCCUUGAUGACGAAUUUGUCAUCUCCGCGAGCACUGCAUACACCAGUCGCUACAUCCUUGACGAUGCGCUGAACCACGAUUUUGCGCGUCAAUCUCGGCCAGAUCCAGAAAUAUGCCAGAUCAAGGAAAACCUAGAACUGACAUUUCGACAAGUCGGACGAGUCGAGAGCUUCUACUUCAAAGAAAAGCCUCUGGCACCUUCUGAUCUUGGGGCAGAUGAGGUCCAUUUGACACCCACGGUUUAUGGCAUCGGCGCACAAGAAGCUGCCAUUCUGAGAGGUACGCAAAUCGCAACCUACUUUGGCAACAUCUGCGUUGCGAUUGUGGAGCAUACUGGGCCUCAGACAAAGAAGUGUGAACCUGGUGACCGCGUCGUUUGUUUCUCUCCUAGUAACUUUGAUACCUCGCUCACUGUUCGUGAUGUUCGGUGCGAGCUACUGCGCCCUGAUGAGGACGCUGGACAUGUGGUCACAUCUGUCUUGCCAUAUUGUACAGCUGUUCAUAUCCUCGAUGAUCUGGCUCGCGUUGCUGUAGGACAAACAAUACUGAUCCACGACAUGCCAGAAGCGAUAGCUGUCGCUGUGAUACGCUAUUCUCUAACCCGUGGUUUCAAGGUGAUUUUGACAUUUGAGUCGGAAGAGAAAAAGACUCUGUUCGAGAAAGGUUGGCCAGAGGAUACGACUUGGGAGUCAUGUGUCGCCAGCUUGGGGCUGCUGGCGGACAAGGUGAACACUAUCACGGGUGGCCACGGUGUUAGUCUGGCAUUGACUCGCCCAAAAGGCUUCGAUGUGUCUGGGGUGUGGCAAUCUCUUGCGAAGCAUGGUCGUCUUGUCUACAUCUCGCAAGACUCUGAGCUACCUGAUCUUGGCCUCCUCGAUCGAUCAGUCUUUGCAAGAGGUGUCUCGAUCACGUCCUUCGAUAUGAAUGAUAUGCUUGAAACGCAGCCACAAGAAUUGGGAAAGCUAGUCAACAGAGUCCUCGGACUCCUGAGAGAUGGUGCAGUUGCUGCUAUCAAGCCGAGCUCUACAUACGAUGUAUCGGAGCUUCCAGACGCCUUUUCUGCAGUGUCGCAAAGUACCUCGACGGCGGGAACAAUUCUUGCGUAUGAUCGCCAGAGCAUGGUACCAACAAACUUGCCUCACGAACUAGUAAAAUUCGAGUCAAAGGCCUCGUAUCUGCUAAUUGGAUGUUUAGGUGGAUUGGGUCGAAGCCUUGUCAGGUGGAUGAUCUCUAGAGGUGCACGAAACUUUGUUUUCCUCUCAAGAUCGGGAGUCGAUAAGCCUGAAGCGGCAGACUUUGUUGUUGAGCUAGAGUCAGCCGGUGAAGUCACGGUCUCUGUUGUAAGUGGAGACGUGAGCAAUCGUGCUGAUGUAGAUCGAGCCAUUGCGUCGGCAAAGACGCCCAUCAGGGGAGUCAUGCAACUGGCAAUGGCGCUCGCAAGCGAUCUGUUUGAUGACAUGUCACUCGAACGCUGGCAUAAAGUGCUGGAUCCAAAAGUCAAAGGAACGAUCAAUCUACACGAAGCACUUCUGCAUGAGCCAUUGGACUUCUUUGUGAUGACCAGUUCGACACUGGGCACGAUCGGAGCUUCGACCCAAAGUAACUAUGCUGCAGCUAACGCUUUCUUGGACUCCAUGGCACGUCACAGAUGGAGCUUGGGUUUGGAAGCAUGUUCAAUUGCGCUGGGGAUGGUUGUUGGAGUCGGACACGUCGAGUCUCAUCCUGACAUUAAGGGAUCUUUCGAGCAGAGAGGUGUAUACGGUAUUCCUGAAGACGACUUCAUCGAGAUGAUGGAAGUCGCAUGCCGACCUCGAGGUUCCGUCAGAGCUUUAUCUGACCAUGAUACCUUGAGUGUCGCUCAUAUCGUCACUGGCUUAGAGCCAGGUCAACUUGUGUCAUCAAGUAUCCAACCGGCUUUCCUCGCUGAUCCCCGUUUCGAACGCAUUGCCACCGCCGUAGCCGAAAUGAAUCAACACCCUACAUCCAUGAUUUCUUCCGCCCUCAACACUACCACUCUCCUGCGCAACGCAGCUGCAGAUGGCGAAUCAGCUGUUCAUCUCGCCGUCCGCGAUCUUUUCCUCGCUCACUUCUCCAAGCUUGUAAUGGCGAAGGUGGAGAGACUUACGACCUCACUCGAUCGACCAAUGUCCGAUUUUGGAAUGGACAGUAUGGUCGUGGCGGAGCUGAGAAACUGGUGUUGGAGAGAGUUGAGAGCGGACGUGCCUUUCAUGGUACUAUUGGAGGGAGGAAUGCAAAUCGGUGCCCUUGUGGAACUGAUUUGGGAGAAGAUGGACCAUGCAAUAUGGAAGAAGUGAUGCUCGGUCUUCCUUUUUCCCUCACUCUCGCAAAUCCGACAUCGACCAAUCUUGAAGCCUGCUCAUCCCUCGAACUCCCUCAACCACGCGCACCUCUCCACCACUGAACUGCCCACUGACCACCACUCUUACUC